AUGGUGUCACGACCAAAUCCACAACAGCGCGGCGCGGACGCGACGUUUGCGGCGCGGUUUCGCGAUACGUUCGACAUCGCGACGCCACAGGGGUGCUGCAUUUCGGUUUUGCAGCGCCGCCCCGAGAUUCGUCCCUUGACUACUGCCGACGAACCAGAAGAACAGAGCUGUGAUGGAAUUAUAUCAAGCGAGAACGACGCGGCAGCAAAUUUUUCCCCGCCGUCUGAACACUUGAAAAGUAGUGAGAGCACGGAGCGCAGUUCUAACACGACGACCACAGCUGUACAACUCCUACACACGACACGAAGGACCGAGGACGAUCCACUCGACACCGGCUGCACCGUGUGGGAGUCUGCUGAAUUGCUAGCCCAGUUCUUGCUGCAUGCGAACUUUUUCGAGGGGUACUAUUAUCCGAACGUACUAGAAUUGGGCGCGGGCACCGGAGUCUGCGGCCUCGUGGCAGCCGCAGCGGUGGACUGCGAUAGCGUUGUUCUCACCGACUUGCCGCAGAUGCAGGAUUUGCUCCAGAAAAACAUCGCGCGCAACAGCUUCCUCUUCUCCUGGAACUACCACUGCGGGGCACAACCGGAGGACGCGGGCAGUCACGGAACAGGCGUGAGGCGGUUGCGGCGAAUAGAGAAUAUGACACUUGCCUGGGGAAGCAGAGAGACCACCGCUGCCGCAACGCCCGGAGAAAACUCUACUCCGGUGCUUCACGUGGAUCUGUGCUUGUGUGCCGACUUGGUUUACAGCCCCGAGCAUGUAGCGCUUUUGCUCCAGACCGUUGCCGAUCUGUUCGAGACGAAUCCCAACAUGUACAUCCUCUUCGCGCAAAACCCCAAACACAACCCCCUGGCCUGGCGACAAAUGCGGCGAAAAUUGCAGGAGUUUUACUCCGUGGAGGACUUGUGGCCGGCAUUCUGGCGCGGCGUGCGAAGUGAGGCACAGAAAAAUCAUCUACGCGAGAAGUUUUCAACAUCAAAAAUGUCAGGCCACGAUAUGCUGGAUCUCCUUGGCAUUUGCAUGAAAUGAUUUUCGGAAGAUCCUCCACCUCCUCGAGAACAGUACUUAACCUGAUAGGCGACACAGUGUUAUAAUGAAUAUAUUCGCUUGUUUCAAAGUGUUUUUCGCCUCUUUGCUACGCCGGUUCUAGUGUUCACACAUGCUGGUCUUGUGCCCGAAUUUGUACACUACUUUGAAAGGGUUUCGCUUGUUUUUUUUCCUUUCUGGGUUAUGAUGGUCGCUGAGAGAGGCGGGUCUGUGAAAGAGACGGCGG